UAGCCAGGGUGGUUCUUUCCUCCCUGAUUUUCUCCUGCCCUCCCCUCCUCUUCAUCUUUUGGGUGUGUCUUUCUAAACAAAUGCCUGGAUAAACUCGCAGUGAGCCCCAGAAUUCUUCCCUGAAGCACCUACUUUUUUUUUUUACUCUUCUUAACCUGUCCUCAUUGUGCAGCCAUGACUGAGCUGGAAAAAUCCAUGGAAUCCUUGAUUACGGUGUUCCAUCGAUAUGCCAAAGAAGGGGGGAACAAAAACACCCUGAGCAAGAAGGAGCUGAAGAAGCUGAUUGAGACUGAGUUACCCAACUUCCUCAAAAGCCAGAAAAGCCCAGACACUCUGGAUCGGAUCAUCAAAGAUUUGGACCAAAACAAAGACGACGAGCUGGACUUUGAAGAGUUCGCUCCCUUUGUUAUCGGCCUCUCAGUCGCCUGUGAAAAGCAUUACGCGCUGCUUCAUGAAAAGGCUAAAAAGUGAAGCGUUGACACAUCAAAUGAGGGAUGAUGACUACUUCUUUAAGAUGAAGAUCAUCUGCUGAGGUUUAAUUAAACAUUCAUUAAAAUAAA